AUGGAUGGUCAAAUAGAUAAAAUGGAGAAGCGAUAUAGCAUGACCAAACUGGAGAAUAGGUUAAGGACUUUCCAAGAUGGUGUUGCACUUGAAAAAAAAAAGUUAAAGUGGAGUUUUAAAGUUAUUCCGUAUCAGGCAAUGGCCAAGCUUGGAUUUUACUUUGAUCCAGUGAUCGAUCCUAAGACAUCUAAACUGAAAAAAGACUCUGUAAGAUGUUGCUAUUGUCAUCGUCAAACAUACAAUGUGAGAGACUGCAGAUCCAAAAGAAAAGAUGUUCUUGAGACUCUAAGCAAUAUAAUGAGGCAACAUCUGACUGUUACUGAUAACAAACAAGUUUGCCUCCUUAUUUACUUGCGCAAUAAGCUAUUGACGGACUAUAGCUUCCAUAUGGGGGUUUCGGACUGGAAAAAUGACAAGUACUUCAGCAAUCCAGAUGAUGAAAACGUGAUAAACCUAAGAAAAUUUACUUUUCAAGAUAACUGGCCUCACAGUGGUUCUCAAAAUGAACAUCCGCUGGGUAUAGAAAAGAUGGUGAAUGCAGGACUCAUGCGAUACGACUCCAGCAUAGAAGGCUUAGGCGAUCCAAGCAUGGAUAAAACACUUAUGAACGAUACCUGUUAUUGUAUUUAUUGCAAACAGUUGUUACAAGGUUGGUCAAUAAAUGACGAUCCGAUGAGCCGACAUUAUAAGGUUUCUCAAAAUGGGAACUGUUAUUUCUUUCAGACACGUAAUCGAUUUGAGAGAAUAAAAAAUGACAAUGACAGUAUCACGAAAAAUUGCGAAGUCUCUCCAACUUUAGGCGAAAAUGGGAAAAGAGAAGUGAUCAACACGAAAACCGCUUCUCAAAGGCAGUGUCCUUUAUUUGAGUCACCUCCAUCUAGUACUGGUCCUCAACUUGACGAUUAUAAUGAGAAGACAGAUAUAUCUGUUAUUCAACAUAAUAUAAGUGUGCUUGAUGGAGCACAAGGCGAAAAUGUAAAACGUAAUAGUGUGGAAGAAAAAGAACAAAUCAACAUGGAAAAUGGAAGCACUACAUUAGAAGAGGGCAAUAUAAAUCGUGAUGUUUUAGCAGAUAAGAAAGAAGUUAUUUCGACACCAACUGCAAAAGAAAUCAAACGUCCAAAUGUCCAGCUAACCCAAUCAUCGUCACCUAUAAAAAAGAAAAGAAAGUUUAAGAGAAUAUCGCCUAGAAAAAUCUUUGAUGAGGAAGAUAGCGAACACUCCCUUAAUAAUAAUUCUGCCAACGGAGACAACAAAGAUAAGGAUUUGGUUAUAGAUUUUACAAGCCAUAUCAUAAAAAAUAGAGAUGUAGGGAGAAAGAAUGCUAUUUUAGAUGACAGCACAGAUGAAUUCAGUUUCAGUAACCAAGGACAUAACACAUUUGACAUACCUAUACCAACCUCAUCACAUUUGCUCAAAGGUAUAGAUUCAGAUAAUGACAAUGUUAUACGAGAAGAUGAUACUGGCAUAAAUACAGACACAAAAGGAGCGUCUUCUAAACACGAAAAAUUUUCUGUUAAUUCUGAAGAAGAUUUAAAUUUCAGUGAAGUGAAACUCACAGGUAGAGACAGUAGUACUAAUAUUCUUAUAAGAACGCAAAUUGUAGAUCAGAAUUUGGGUGAUAUCGACAGAGAUAAGGUCCCCAAUGGUGGAUCCCCAGAAGUUCCAAAGACACAUGAGUUAAUUAGAGAUAACUCUGAAAAGAGGGAAGCACAAAACGGGGAAUUUCGACAUCAAAAAGAUUCAACUGUACGGCAAUCUCCAGAUAUAUUACAUUCUAAUAAAAGUGGUGAUAAUUCCAGUAAUAUUACCGCAAUACCCAAAGAGGAACAAAGGAGAGGCAAUAGCAAAACAUCCAGCAUUCCCGCUGAUAUUCAUCCUAAACCAAGGAAAAACUUGCAAGAACCAAGAAGCCUAUCAAUAAGUGGAAAAGUUGUUCCAACAGAAAGAAAAUUAGAUAACAUCAAUAUAGAUCUAAAUUUUUCGGCGUCCGAUUUUUCACCAUCAUCACAAUCUGAGCAAUCAUCAAAAAGCUCAAGCGUUAUUUCAACGCCGGUAGCGAGCCCUAAAAUUAAUCUCACACGCAGUUUGCAUGCAGUCAAAGAGCUUUCUGGCCUCAAAAAAGAAACUGACGAUGGUAAGUAUUUUACUAAUAAGCAGGAAACUAUAAAAAUACUGGAAGAUGUGUCUGUGAAGAAUGAGACCCCAAAUAAUGAAAUGUUACUUUUUGAGACUGGAACCCCGAUCGCAUCUCAAGAAAACAAGUCAAGAAAAUUAUUUGAUGAAGAGUUUUCUGGGAAGGAAUUGGAUAUACCUAUAGAUUCAUCAACUGUAGAAAUAAAAAAGGUUAUUAAACCCGAAUUUGAGCCAGUCCCAUCAGUUGCAAGGAAUUUGGUGUCUGGAACCUCUUCAUAUCCACGGAAUUCACGUUUAGAAGAACAAAGAAAGGAAACAAGCACAAGUUUGGCUGAUAAUUCUAAGAAAGGAAGUUCAUUUAAUGAGGGCAACAACGAAAAAGAACCGAAUGCAGCAGAAUGGUUUAAAAUUGAUGAAAAUAGACACCUUGUAAAAAAUUACUUCCAUGAUUUGUUAAAAUAUAUAAAUAAUAAUGAUGCUACGCUAGCUAAUGACAAAGACGGUGAUCUGGCUUUUUUGAUUAAGCAAAUGCCUGCAGAAGAGUUGGACAUGACAUUCAACAAUUGGGUGAACCUAAAAGUGCAAUCUAUUAAGCGCGAAUUUAUAGAUGACUGUGAUAAGAAAUUGGACAUAUUGAGAAGGGAUUACUAUACUGCCACAAAUUUUAUUGAAACUUUGGAAGAUGACAAUCAAUUGAUCGAUAUUGCUAAGAAAAUGGGCAUUUUAUAG